CGGCACAUUGUUCGCUUCCUUCUCGUUCAUAUUGAAAAUAUGGACACCGUCCUACAUUCACCAGUCCACUGCCAAAGGGACGCAGAAUCGACUUCAGGCAAUCGAUACCAGCACAUCGCGUUCGACUGACAAUGAUUGGACCUAUACCCGUUGAAGCCAACACGGCCAAGGCGCAGGGGAACAGCGCAUUUGCGGCUGGCGACUACGAGCAGGCCGCCACGCACUACUCACGCGCCGUCGAGCUCGCCCCGCAGUGGGCCGUCCCGCGCGCGAACCGCGCCUUCGCAUACAUGAAGCAGGUGCGCGACCCCGCGACGGAGGCGGGGUACCGUAGGACUUUGCGCACGCGCGCGAUGGCGGACGCCUACCUGGCGACGCGCCUGGACGGGCGGUGGGGGAAGGGGUACGCGCGGCUGGCGGAGGCGAUGUUGAUGGAUGUGGAGGCGGAGGAGGCGGGGGAGGAGGCGAUGAAUGGUGCGCCGGGGGGCACGCGGGAGGAGGGGAGGCGCAAGAUGCUGGAGGGAGCGCAGGAGGCGUUGUAUCAUGCGGUGCAGUUUUCGGAGGGGAGGGUUUUGGAGGAGGCUCAGAAGAUGAUGGAGGACGUUACCGCGCGGCUUGAGGCGCUGUGAUGAGAUCCAAACUGUACUGGUAUGCUCCUGACGUCGGCCGUAUGCAUGCGAGAUUUGACAACAAUUACAUGGCUUGCCACGAGCUCUAAGUAUACAAACAAAGUCAAUCUAUCCCUACACGCGCACCUCGCGCCCAUCUCCCCAUCUUGCCGUCCACUACAAAACCGGCACAUGCCCACUACGACACCGGCACACGCCCCACUACAACACUGGCACACUCCCCGGCUCGCCCCACUCGCCAAACAACAGGCUGAUGCUCUCGCCGUUGUGCAUCCGCCGGAUGCUCUCCGCGAUCGUUGGACUGAUGUCGAUGGCGACGAGCUUGGGGCAGAGCGCCUUGUGCUGCAGCUGCGGGACGGUGUUGGUGAC